AUGGGGACCGAGGCCAAUAUCUGUCCAAUCACAAGUGAGGGUCUGUGGCAGUUCGUUAAUGAUGUGUACACUCCCAGUACUGCGUUUGACCCAGAUGCGGUCGUUGGAGCGGCUUUCGGUGACGCACUACGUCAGCUACCAGCUGUAACAGCUGACUUUGGGCUUUUGAUGGAGACACCGCCUGCAGAAGAUAUCGAGAAGCAGCUAAUCCGUGUAAACCUAGGCUCCAGACCGGCCAGGUUGGAGAAG